AUGGUUGUGAGAUCAAAGCGUGUUACUUAUCCUUUAGCCGAACGAGUUAAAGAUCGAAUGGUUGGUCGUGACAAACCACCGGAAAUCAUGUACGAUAGCAGUGGUAGCGAACACAGCGCUACCACCAGCCAAAUCAGCGGUGAUUCAUCGCCAUCAUCGGCUCGUUCACUCUCUUAUCUUGUUAAUUGUUUUGAAGAAGAAGACGAUGAAAAAGAAGACGUGAUUGCCAUAGAGGGUAGUCAUAAACAAGACAACGGUUCUGGUUCUGGUUCUGGUUCUGGUUCUGAUUCUGAUUCUGAUUCUGAUCGUGUGGAAGCAAAACUCCAAGAAAUAAAUUCCACAUUGCGAAAAUUAAAUGGUGAUCGCUUUAGAAACAUCCUUUUUGAUAAUGUUACAAAAGCUAUCGAUACAUCUCGCCCUAUCAUCACAUCAAACACUCAAAGCCUCAACCGUAACAUUAUGUUAUAUCUUCAAAACCUCGGCUACAACGCGGCCAUCUGCAAAACAAAAUGGGAGAGCUGUGGUGGCCUCACAGCCGGUAACCACGAAUUCAUUGAUGUUAUUCGAUCAUCAAAUAACAUCAAUCUUCGUUAUUUCAUUGAUCUCAAUUUUGCUCGAGAAUUCGACAUAGCAAGACAAACAAAACACUUCCAACGCUUGUCAAAUACAUUGCCGAGUGUUUUCGUCGGUAAAAGUGAUGAUUUAAAGGUGAUUGUGAAGCUCAUGGGCGACGAAAUAAGGCGGUCGUUAAAAAGCAGAGGAUUGGUUCUCCCUCCGUGGAGGAAAAACCGGUUUAUGCAAAACAAGUGGUUCGGUCCGUACCGUCGGACGGUGAAUUACAUCCCGUCUAAUAUCUUGGUUUUGGCUGAUGACAAGAAUAAGGUAUCGGCCGUUAAAUGUAGUAUGAUCGGAUUUAACGUUGUAGACAAUGCUCCGUUACUCCCACGCGACAACUCGUACAAGAUAAUCUAAAAUAUUCUUUCGUAAUCUAGAAAUGAUUAUAUUUGUCUUUUCGAAGUAUGACAAUUGGUGUGGUAAAUAUUAUUAUAAUGGUACGAGAAAACCGAGUGUUCGUUCUAUUUAUGAUUUAAACCA